GGUGGUGUGAUUGUGGAGGGGAUAGUGGUGGUGGAGGGCCCUGGACGGCCAAAAGGUUCCCCCAGCCAGUGAGAGGGGGAGAGCCUGCCUUUCUCCACACCUACAAAUACCACACCGUCCUCCCUCGUUUGUUAUCGGCCCGUCUGUUCAGAGAACCCGAAGCCAGAUAGCUCCGGCUCGAGGAGAACGAGAGUGAGAGAGUGGAGAGGAACCCUUGGUGGUCUCUCUUCCUCCCUCUGUCUCGAACCCUCAUCUCUCUCUCACUCUGUCCUUCCAUCUACCAGCAACCAGCCAACGGCUUCUUGGACCGUGGAUGUUAUUCUUGUUUGAGUGAUCUCUUGUACCUUUCCAUUUCCGAACUUUGCGGGUGUCUCUCUCGGCCCUAGAUGUCGGUGGCUGUGCGCAGGAGUUCCUGCUCGCCCUUCGAGUCCAUAGUUAUGCCUAACAUAGCAAGAGAAACCAUACCGAUCUCGCUUACGAAGUGGCUGCCGCCGCCAGAGCAAUACACGACUGUCGAAAACCCGGUGGAAGUUGAGAAGGACGAUGACCGGCCCGGGCAAUUCGAUUUAUGGAGCUCGAUCCAGUCCCAGAAGGCCAAGGAGGCCGCCGCCGCCGCUACCGCCGAUCCCCCGGCCCCUUAUGUCCACCCACUGGUGCGGCGGUCGUCGAAACUGAUGAGCCAAAAAAGCCUUGAGAUCUGCACCGAGAGCCUCGGGUCCGAGACGGGCUCCGCCGACUUCUCCUCGUUCCUCGACGAGCUCGACUGCCUCUCAUCCAAGAUUGAAUCAGAGAAGGAAGAGCACCGCGGACCCAUCUACAGCACUUCAAUGGCGGAAGAAGAAGUGCCACGCUUCAGAGUGGCCAAGGCGGUAGAAGAACGACGAGUGCAGAGCGGAAGGAAGGAGCUGGUGGAGGUGAAUUACCACUGCUCGAUUAGCAGGAGGUCACCUCCACGGUCGUUCCCACCUCCGCUCUCUUCCAUCUCCCGGCGCGAUGGGCCCUGCAUCCACAUGAGGCCGUACCGCCGCGACGGCCGCCUUGUCGUCGAGGCAGUCGCUGUCCGCUCGCAGAACUACCUCCACGCCCAGCGGCAGGACGGCCGCCUGCUCCUUUCCUUAAUCGACGCCACCUUCGACGGUCCUGAUGACACCGAGACCAAUCCUUCCGACACCCUGGUGAUGACACAACAGCAAGAAGACGAUGUUUUUAAGCCAAGUGAACCAGAAGAAGAAGAAGAAGAGGAGGAGGAGGAGGAGGAAGCAACGUCAAUGGCACAAACAGAAGACGGAGAAUUGAGAGAAGAGAAGAAUUGUGAUGAAGAAGGGGAGGAAGAGGCAGAAGAGGAAGAGGAAGAGGAGGAGGAGGAGGUGGAGGAAGAAGUGGAAGUAGUGGAUAGAGGAACAGUGGUAGAGGUGAAGGUCAGCACACAACCCCAGCAACAGAGCGGCGCGAUGAAGGUGCAGCGGUCGUCGUUCGUGAUCAACAAAUUCGUCGGGGCUGGCGAGACCCGAUGGGCCGAGAAGAUGGCAGAAUGCAAGCCGAUAGCACCCGACAAAAAGGAAAUCCUGCAAGACCACCGCAGCACUGCGACCGCGGCGCCUGCACGACGGGCGGCGCCGACGACCACCACCACGGCGGCUGCGGCGGCGGCGGCCGCCUCCACCUUCAGCACCUCGUCGGAGGGCUACUACUACUACUACCACCACCACCACUCGUUCCACGGGAGGGGGCCGCAGCUCGGCGGCGGGCAGUACGCGCCGCCGGACGACUGCCCGCCGCCGGACGACAACAAGCUGCUGUUCACGUCGAAGCGGCGGAACCGGGAGGAGCUGCUGCACCACAUGAGGAGGUGCAGCCUGCUGCGGAGGCCGCUCUUCAUUCUGGAGCCCUGCUGCAUUGCCACCUCCUCCUGAGUUGCUGCCUCACAUCCAUGAGAUCCCUCCAUUAAUUAUCCUGUUAAUGACCCGACCAACCCUUCUUAUUAUCAUCAUCAUCAUCUUAUCUACUAAAUUAAUUGAUGUUAUUAAGAUGGUCAUCAGUCUUUGGUGCCGUCCGGAAUAACCCGUGUAUGCAAAGCCCUCACAGUCUGCUCACCGCAGGGCUUUCCAUCAUCCAUUAGCGUGCUCUUUCUUUCUUUCUUUUCUCUUUCCAUUUCAUGAUUAAUGAUAAAUCUUGGUAAUUAAUUAAGUAAUUAGCUCUUAAUUGUU